UUAAGACAUGUGAUACAGUCCUUACACUCAGCUCGGCUGUACGGGAACAUUUGUUUCUUGGUGCUCGCUGAGGGGGGACUCAGUGAGAGCCGCUGCUCAGAGGCUGCCUCUCACAGGAAGGAUGCAGACGGUGAAAGAGGAGAUUUCACUACAGUUAAUUAAGGAGCACUCCGCACGUGCCUACAGAUGCGAGGGGGCAAAUGAAUUCGGUGUCAAUGGGAGGAGUGAUAUUUCAAAGGUGGAACUGAAAGAGCUGUAAAUCUAUUUCCUGACUCCGGCUUGACGGUCAUUUCUGAAUCACUGGACUGUUGCUAUCAAAGUGCCGGAGCAGGGGGAGACGGAGUCAGUGGAGUUCCCUCCUCGAGCCAAAAUCAGAGUUAUUGGAUGGGAUCAGCAUGAGCAGCAUUAUGGAUGGAUUUGUGUCAUUCUGCUGAGAUAUUUAUAUACUCUUUGUUGGCUUGCUCAGCAGAUGUGUCCUGUCAUGUCCUGGCUGCUCUGCCUGGGCCUCUGGGUCAGUGUGACUGCCAUCCAGCUGUGUCAGGCCACGUUCUACGACACCAUCCAACAGCAUCAUGGGACGCGGCCUGGACGAACCACCAUCCACAUGAUCGAGGGGGGCACAUGUGAAGUAAUUGCUGCUCACAGAUGCUGCAACAAGAAUCGUAUCGAGGAGCGGUCACAGACGGUCAAGUGUUCCUGUCUGCCGGGGAAGGUGGCUGGAACCACCAGGAACAGACCUUCAUGUGUGGACGCAUCCAUAGUAAUUGGGAAGUGGUGGUGUGAGAUGGAGCCUUGCCUGGAGGGGGAGGAAUGCAAGACGCUGCCUGACAACUCGGGCUGGAUGUGCUACGCCGGCAACAAGAUCAAAACCACGAGGGACCAAUUACCACAAAAGACAAUGAACUUAUUGUUGCUUUGAGAAAUGUGAACACUUCUCAGAUUCAAGUGUAAAAAAGAUGUAGAGUACGUCGAGCACAUCCUGCUCCAGGCUUCUGAAAAUACCGACGCUCCGAGCCGCCUGCGGGGAACUUCAUCAUAACCUUGUAAUGAGUAUAGUUUCAUCAUUUCUUUCUAACUGUGAGAUGGAACAUGAAUGUCUGCAUUUGGAUUAAUGUCUGGACGGCGGCUGACGUCCCCCCCCCCCUCCACACAUUACGUGAAACAGAUGGGAGGCGACCAACGGGAGAGGAAUUCGUCAGAGGAAAUGGGGACAAGCAGGAACAGUAGUUGACAGCCCUCAGGAUUUUCUUUUUCUUUUUUUGAAUAUUCUAAGAGGAAAAAAUAUUGUACAUACAUUGUUUGUCAUUUCCUGUCGUACACAACAACUCGAUUCGUGGUGGUGGUGAAUUAUCGAUCAUUCAAGUCCCCGAAUGCACUGUUGAUCGUCCCUCUUCUGACCCACGAGAACACAACGCAGCCGAAACUUCUGACGAGUUCUCGGGCGCGACGUGAAGACAAAACAGAUGCAUUGUGGGGGAGGUAUUUUACAAAUUAAAGCUUAUGUGUCUUGAUACUGUACAUUUUGCCACUUGUUUGUAUGGUACUAGUUUUCUUCUCUUUAAUGACUCUUGCCGGUCAUUAACAUGUCAGCUACCCUGAGACGGAUUAAAUCACCAAAAAUGUGAAACCACUUGGUUGUUUUUCGAUACUUGAAAUGCCUUAUUCGUGUCAGAUCAUUCACGUGACGAUAUUGUACAUAUGAAGCCAUUGAGUGAUAUGUGCCGAAAUGUCAUUAAAGUCAUUGAUCCUGUAACUGA